CCAGUGAUUCGCUACAGCGACCAGAGAGAAGCCUGAAAGUGGCCAUCCUGACCAUGAUACAAAAAAAUCAUGAUACAUGAUCUGUAAAGAAGCUGUUAACCUGUUUGAUUUGUCGGAGUUGUACAACGUGGGAGAGUCAAAGUUUUUAUUUGCGAAUUUUAUUAUUUAUAGAAAAGAAGUUUUUAACUCGAAAGCUUUCUUCGAGUUUUAGUAUCAAAUAUGGAUGACGAGGACGAAACAUACAAAUUGUGGCGCAUCAGAAAAACUGUGAUGCAAUUAUGUCACGAUAGAGGUUACCUCGUCACGCAGGACGAGUUGGAUCAAACGUUAGAACUGUUCAAGGAACAGUUCGGUGACAAGCCCAGCGAGAAAAGACCGGCCCGAGGUGAUCUUAUUGUUCUUGUGGCUCAUAACGAUGAUCCUACCGAUCAGUUGUUUGUCUUUUUCCCCGACGAGCCAAAAAUUGGCAUCAAAACUAUCAAGACAUAUUGUCAGCGCAUGCAGGAAGAAAAGAUCCACAGAGCAAUCAUUGUUGUUCAACAAGGCAUGACACCGUCAGCUAAACAAUCGCUGGUGGAUAUGGCACCAAAAUACAUAUUAGAACAGUUUUUAGAAUCCGAAUUACUAAUAAAUAUCACCGAACAUGAAUUGGUACCCGAGCACAUUGUUCUAACUCCAGAUGAGAAAGAAGAACUACUAACCAGAUACAAACUAAAGGAAAAUCAACUAAUGCGAAUACAAGCUGGCGAUCCAGUAGCACGAUAUUUUGGUUUAAAACGUGGUCAAGUCGUUAAGAUAAUUAGACCAUCGGAAACUGCGGGAAGAUAUAUAUCGUACAGACUAGUUUGUUAAAGAGGGAAAAGAAAGGCAUCUAAAAUAAAUCACGAAAGUCUUAUAGAUUAGAAUGAAACAUUACUUAUUAAGUUGUAAAAAAGAAACACUACAGUUCGAAAUAUGUCAUUUAUUAUAGCAGCAUUUUAUAUAAUUAUAUAAUAUGGUGCAUCGUCCCUUGUAUCUGUAUUGUACCAUCGCUUUAAUAAUAACUGCAAUUGUACAUUAUUAUGCUAUGUAAGAAAACAUCUGUCACACCGAAUGUUGAACAUCAUACAAUCAGCA